UUACAAAAAUAAUAAAUAACAAAUGUCAAUACUUAAAAUACUAUUCUUGUUUCCAGGCUAUUUUUCAGUUAAUAUAAAGGACCUUUAAGUUACUAGUUAAUGUCUGAACUGUCAGAGACAAAACAAAGAUGAGUGGAAAUGAGGACUGUAAUGUGCAGCCUGUGUCAACAAAAAUAUAAACAAUGAAGAUAAGGGGAAAAGAAAAAAAGGACUGACUGUGCUGCUAUGUCAAUGCUGCCAUUGUUCGUGCUUCUAUUCCUGCUACAUUUUCUGUUACAUGGUGCUAAUGCAAAGUGUGCCAUAGGGGAUGCAGAUGAGAAUGCAAAGUGGAUAAAUUCUAAUGGACGUCUCAAAAUACAUGACAAUGACAACACUCCAGAUACUGAUGGUGAUGACUACUUCCUCAUUCAAGCAUCCUGUCCUGAAAAUCUUGAUUAUGAUGACAUGGAUGAAGUCUGUAACUGCACUUUCACAAACAGCACUGGUUUCAUAUUCUCAUGCAAUGGGGAGUACAUGGACGAUCUACCAAACUUAGGUAGCGAAGUCCCUGUGGAUAGAUUGAGGUUGUAUGCAGUACGGAAUGCAAGAAAUGUGCACCAAAUCAAGUCAUAUCAGUUCUCAGGAUACAGAACAAAGGAGAUCAGAAUUGAAUAUAUAGAAGCACUCCACCUGGAAGACAGGGCAUUUGAAGGGGUUCUAGACCUAGAAACACUGAAGCUCACACACAAUAAUUUUGGGAAAAUAGGGCAGCCUGAGCUCAUCUUUGCUGGGCUGGUCAACCUUACAACACUUGAUCUGUCAUACAAUCAACUUACUGGCUGGAAAUCUCGAGGAAAAUCUCCGAGCGAUACACCAGUGCUGCCGAAACUUACAACCCUGGAUCUGAGCGGAAAUCCUCUUGAGUAUCUACAUAAUGAUACAUUUGAAUGGCUAAGAGGAUCACAACUUCAGCAUCUAAAUCUGCGCAAAUGCAACAUAAAGUCUGUUGAAACAGGGACACUGGAUCCAGUUCAAUCAACAAUACGUACCAUCGAUAUUGGAAAUUCAAUGAUUCCACGUUCACUGAUCCUGAAUCUAAUACUUGCAUUGGCUUCUAAAUCUGCACUACAAGGAAUGGCAUUGUCCAAAAUUGGCCUCACAUAUAUACCAUACAAUGUUCUAAAGAUGACCAGCGGAACACUUCAAUAUUUGUCUCUGCAUGGCAAUACAUUUCGAAAUCUUAGCAAGGACCACCUGAAAAGAAGUAAGAAGCUGCUGCAACAACAAGCAAUGCAGAAGAAUUCUACACUGUCAGUUUAUGACAGCAUGCUGUUACAAACCCCAAACAGAGUGUUUCCUUCCAUGCUUAAACUUGAGGAACUUGACCUCAGCAAGUGCAGUAUCUAUUACAUAGAAAGAGAAAUAUUCACAAAAAUGCCAUAUCUGAAAUCUCUGCUUCUGUCUCAAAAUCAGCUCAUCAGUUUCAGCAUACUGAAUUUGCCGUCUUUCUCCCACCUACUCUAUUUGGAUUUAAGCAAUAAUCCAUUGUAUUUGAACAGCCUAAACUUCACUCAUUUCCCAGUCCUUACAACCUUAGACCUUUCGUAUACCAAUGGGAAAAAGAUUUUUAAGAAUACAUUUCAAACUUCAAGAAUAAGUAUAGAGAAACUUUCAAUGUGCUACAGCAAACUAAGUUAUAUUGAAGAUGACAUGUUUAUAAAUUUUAAUACUUUGAAAGUUUUAGAUUUGAGUGGGAAUAUCAACCUAGGUCAACAUUUGUCUGCUGGUACAUUCAAUGGGUUGGUAUCUUUGGAAGAACUUCACUUAGCAGAGUGCACAUUGAAGGUUCUAUCUAAAAUAUCUUUAGAGCAUAACACAACAAUUGAAAUAGAUCUAUUACAGAGCCUUACAUCACUUAAAAGAAUCAAUCUUGCUAAGAAUGACAUCACAAACAUUACCAGUAAUAUAGUAGAGACUCUAACAGAGCUGGACAGUUUGGACUUAAGUAAUAACUACAUUAGAUCAUGGAAUGAACCAGUUUUCAAAAACACAAAAUUGAGGAAUCUUAAUGUUGCACAUAACCAUUUCAAUUACAUCACAGAUGCAAUGUUAAAAGAUUUUAGAUCCUUAAAGGUUCUAAUUGUAUCAUCUAACCCAUUCGUGUGUGACUGCAACUGUCUGAAGUUCUUGGAAAUAACUGAGAAUAUCACAGCGAAUUCUGAAAGUAAUCAGCAUAAACCACCAGACAUUCAAACCAAGAGCAGAUUCAAAGUUGCAUACCCUGCCAGGGACACCUCAAAUUAUUUUAUUUCAGACUGGGAUGAUAAUGACGCUUAUAUAUGUCUAGAUAAAACUGAUUCAGAUCAGGUGAACUACAUUCCCUUUCAAAAUGCAUCAUGUGACAAAGCAAAGGUUCAGCCACAGACUCCAGCAUAUGAUGAUGAUGAUGAUGAUGACGACACUGAUGCAAAUGAAGUGAACAACUACGAACAAGCAGCAAUAACAGCCGUGGCCGCAGUCCUUAUUGUCACUAUAGUUGUUGGUAUCACAUAUUGGAAGUGGUGGUACAUCCGAUAUUUUGCUAUUCUCGUAAAAAAUGCCACUGUUCUGAGCUUCAUGGCACACGAGGAAGAUGCUUCUACUGACCACAUUUUUAAUUAUGACAUCUUUACGUCAUAUAGUGAUCACAAUCGGGAGUGGGUCCUCAACAGUUUGCUGCCAAAUCUUGAAUCCAAAUCUAAAGUGAAGGUCUGUCUCCAUGAACGUGAUUUCCAAGUGGGAAUUAGCAUACUGGAAAAUAUUAUCUCAAGUAUAGAUCGAAGCAGGUGCAUCUUGCUGGUUAUCUCACAACCAUUUCUACGAAGCCAGUGGUGCCAGUUUGAAUUACACCUUGCUCAGCACAGACUCCUCGAAACAAGAAGGGAAGAGCUCAUUUUGCUCUUCCUUGAGGAAAUUCCAAGAACAAAAAGACCAAAAACCUUAGAAUACCUCAUGAAAACUAAGACAUACAUAUUGUGGCCAAAAGAAGAUGAUGUAGAAGGCCAAAAGCUAUUCUGGAAAAGAUUGCAUCGAGCCAUUCUUCGAUGUACAGCGGAGAAGGAAAAGAAACAUAGUUCCACAGUUUAAUUGUUAGAAUACUACAAAAUGGAAAAGGAAAACCUUAUAGUGUACAGUGACAUACAUACACUGAAUAAUUAUGAGGAGAAUGUGUACUUAUCCCACAGCAAGUAACAUAAUAUAAUGAAAGACAAACCUCAACACAUCAUGUCCAGAUCCAUGCAUCUUCCUCUAAAUUUUAGAAGACAAGACCUGGAUUACAAUACAUGACUUCACAUAAUUAGGUCAACUUGGCACCUGGUGGUCUCAGGGUAGGACAAUGAAUUCCCAUUCAGAAGAUUUUGAGUGCGAUCCCUGGCCAAAUCAGUGUGUGGAUUUUUAUGCUCACAGAGUGAAGCCUUCACUUCUAUGAAAGACAAAAUUUUGGAAUAGGAGUACACCAGGUCUGCACCAUGGUUUGGAUGCCACAUUAAAUUGUAGGUCCCCUCUGGCAACCAUUAUAUUCAUAAGCACACUGUUACUGGGAUAAAGAAAUCUACCCUAUUGGUGCCCGUCACCUCAGAAACAGAUCCUAGACGUGGCUAAUCAGUAGAGGCCUGGAAAGGUCACUAUAGGUCAUCCCUGGGGGUAUUUUUAACUGACCAACACCACUGGGUCAAAUAUAGAUACAUUCUCUCUAUUACAUAAUUUAAUUUUCAGGAAUGACUGCAACCUAACAUUAAAAAUUAAGUUUAUUUUAUAAACUUCUUAAAUGAUUAGGGUAACGUCCAUUAUCCAUUAACAAGGAUGAAAAACAAAGAAAUAAACUAACUCAAUGGCACAGUCUCUUCCUUGAUUAGCUAAUAUUUAUUUAGCUCAACAACAAAUUCCCUGUAGCACAAAACCUGGAGAUUCAUUACGAUGAUCACAAAAGCUUGCCACAGAAUCAUAUUAUGAAGUGAAUCAAUUAGUGGGACCUAAUAAGGAAGUUCAAAAAGUGAACAAAAUAUCUUGUAUUAAUGUUCAUUAAAUUUCUAUAAGUUUCUAGUUUAAGAAACUACAUCUCUCUGUGUUAACAGUUUAGUUUUUAUACACACACACUCACACCAGUCCUUCCAAAUCAAUGUUAAAUUUACCAUUUAAUCUGCCCUGCUUGGGCAAAAUUGUUUGAAAAUAGUUAAAUUAAAUUUUGAAGGAUUGAGAAGAACACGAUUAAGCUAAGAUAGGGUCAAAGCAUUUUAAAGACAUAAUUUAAAGGAUUAAUUUACACUGAACUCCAUGACCGAACUGUUCUUCCCUCUUUCAAUGUAUAAUUUAUGUUGUUGUUUUUUUAACAUAAUUGCUGGUGUUUAAAUUCACCAACUCCAAGAAAAAUGCUAAAUUGGGAUUUCACUGUUCCAUAAUAAUGUGCAUGAUAUUGUCUUUAGAAAUGUACCUUGCAACUGGCUUGAUUACAGCCACUUAGUACCUGUUUUACAGCCUAGAAAGUAAAGUUUAUAAUGUAAUUAAAAACAAAGAAGAGUUUUUUCUAAUAAAGAAAUAAUAAAAGGAA